AUGUGGAAGGACUCUUCGUCCAAUUCAGUUCUCUUGCAGUAUUGUUCUACUAGAGAUUGUCAGCCUGUUGCUCAUAAGAUGCAGUUCCAUCCUACUCCUAUGGACCAUUUGACGGGCAAACUCAAAGUGUAUGAAGAGACUUUGUUACAGCAGCGAUCUUCUUUCCUUACUCUAAAGCUUGCCAUGACAAAGCCUCCUGUUACCAGGCAUUGGGAAAUGCUAUGGAAGUUGCAACAAAUCAAGUUUGACAUACUUUCAGCAUGCUUUAAUCUUUUUACCUUCUUACAGAAUAUGGGUUUUGUGUUUUUCAACUCAGUUUCCCCUCUAAUUGCAAUUUCUGUGGUAUUACACGAGAUUUUGAAGAUGCGUAAUACAGGUGCCACAUGUCACAGGAGAUACACAGGACACCAAUGA